AUGGGCUCUAUCCCAAGCGAGAUACCUCGCGAGGUUGACAUAUCUGUUGCCUUGGCCGCGUGCGACCUUCCAAGCGUGAAUCAACACGUGAAGAAUAUUGCCAAUCUUACCAGCGCAGUUGCUGAGGGUGAUAACACUGCACGCCUGAGCAUGCUGCAGAGCGCUCGUUUGUUGGUACAUGCAUUGGAGACACCGCGGGAGACCAUGAUCAAGCACUGCUGGGCGCAACCAGCCGCUUUCACAGCCCUUACAUACGCAGUUGACUCGGGUCUCUUUGCUCUGUUAUCACAGAGCAAAAAGUCUCAAAACGUGUCUGAUCUAGCUCUGAAAUUAGGACACGAUCCUGCCCUAUUGGGACGAAUAAUGCGACAUCUCGGCGCGAUGCUUUACAUCACUGAGACUGGACCAGACGAAUAUAAGUCAACAAACUUCUCAGAUGCGCUCACAAUCACCAGCAUGGGCGCUGGCUACCCGUGUGUCGCCGGAGCCUGUAUGGAGUCCCUAGCCAAAUUCCACGAGUUCGCUAAGAAGACCAACUACCGCGAGCCCAACGAUGUCUUCAACGGACCCCUACAAUACGGAUACAACACCAAACUCGACUGCUUCAGCUGGCUCGCAGCAAGCCAUCCUUACGAGAUGCAAUUCGCACAGCACAUGGGCGCAUACCGGCAAGGCCGACCGAGCUGGAUGGAUGAAGGCAUUUACCCCGUGAAACACCGGUUGCUCGACGGCUUUGACGACUCUCAAGAUAACGUGCUCCUUGUUGACGUCGGAGGAAGUUUUGGCCAUGACAUUGAUGAGUUCCGCAGAAAGCAUCCCGAGGCCCCUGGUAGGCUUGUGGUCCAGGAUCUUCCAACCGUUAUCAAUCAGAUUGAGAAACUGGACGAAAAGAUCGAGAGGAUGGGACAUGACUUCUUCACUGAGCAGCCGAUCAAAGGUGCCCGAGCCUAUUACAUGCAUUCGGUCCUUCAUGACUGGCCGGACAAAAAGUGUGAAGAGAUUCUUGCGCGGACUACAGCUGCGAUGAAGCCUGGAUACAGCAGGUUGUUGGUUAAUGAGAACUGCAUCCCCGACACCGGUGCCGACUGGCAGAACACUGGCCAGGAUAUCAUGAUGUUGACGCUAGUCAGUAGCAAGGAGCGUACUCGGGUGGAGUGGCAGAGUCUCCUAGAGAAGGCUGGUUUGAGAAUCUUAGGUAUCUAUGGUGGCGGCAAUGGCGUCGAAAGUUUGAUAGAAUGCGAGUUAUCGUAG